GGUGCAAAACAUAUAUUUUUAUUAUUUAUUUUACUGACAGUACAGUGGCAUUAAAAUGAAAAUACACUGGCAGUACAGUAGUAGUACAGUGACAGUGCAGUGGCAGUAAAGAGGGAGUACAGUGGCAGUAAAGUGACAGUGAACUACAGUACAGUGGAUUACAGUGGCAGCACAGUAGCAGUGAACCGACAGUUCUGGCAGUAAAGCGGCCGUGAACUUAAAGUACAGUGGCAGUUUAGUGGCAGGACAGUAUCAGUAAAGAGGCAGUACAGAGGCAGCACAUGUGGCUGUGCAGGUGCAGUAAAUAUCAGUGCAUUGUGGGAUGUGAUUAAUGCUGUGGAUCAUGUGCAGUAUGUGAACAAGGUGUGGUUUCAACUACCAUCAGAGUCAUGGUUUCAUAUAGACUUUACUCCACUCCAUAAAUACAGUCAGCCAUUCACACACACACACACACACACACACACACACACACACACACACACACACACACACACACAUACCACACACACACUUUUCUCACAUUUCUAGGCAACAUUUACUUUCUCCUUCCCCUGCCCACCCUCUGAACCUUCCUCCGUUUAUUCCAUCCUCUACACACACUCACACACACUCUGCAUCUGUUCCUCCUCCUCGCUCACUCACUUGCUCUCUCUCUUUCUCAGACUGGCUGGGUUAGUGUGUGUGUGUGUGUGUGUGUGUGUGUGUGUGUGCAUGCAGUAGAUAGAGGAAGUGUUAUUCGGCGUGUCACUCUCUCUCUCUCUCUCUCUCUCUCUCUCUCUCUCUCUCAGUCGACUUCAUGUGUACCGCAAUGUUUAGUCCGGACUCAACCAAACAGAGCGAACAGCAGCAGUGACAUCACCAUGCUGACAUGAUGGCAGAGUGGGUAAGCCCUAGUGACUGCAGCAGUAUGGACUCUCCAGAAUUUGCAGCUCUCGAUUCAGAGAUCUACAGAAGCCUCCAGGCCAUUCUGAGAGAGUUGGACACCUCACAGCCCGUCGUAAAUAAAGGAAUGCUGAGAUGGACGUUGCAUAAGAAGGUGCAGUGUGAUCCUCAGAGGAGCCUCGCUUUGGUCCGAGUCACCAUCAAGGAGCUGGAGAGAGCUGAGAGAGUGGACAUUAAAAUACACAUCAUCCCGCUGUUACACACUCUCAUGUACGCUGUCAUGCAGGCCGUGUACAUCCCUGAUGAUCUGUAUAAAAGGCUGUACGAGUCGUGUAAGAGGAUGCUGACUCUGCCAGAGCCGUUCUGUACUGUAGGACUUCAUUACACUAGACAAUUAAAGACAGAGAGACACACACCAGGCCUGCUGUAUCUAAGGAAACUUAUGGCUGAACACAAUCUAAGGAAUGAAAAUUAUCCUUUACAGGAACGUGUGUUUGUUUUUGUCGACCCAGCUGUGUUUUCAGAGUCUCUGUGCAUGAUGUUGAAGGAGGACCUGGAGGCAGAGGGCCGGAUGGAGACGCAGCUUGGUUACAUGCGUCAUGUAAUACAGCGCCUCCUACAGGCUACGCUAGGAGAGGACAACUGUCACGGACCAACACUCACACGUGCCCUGAAGAACAACAUCAGGAUGCAGGAGCUCAGGGACAUCAGGGUCAUCAGGGUCAUCAGGGUCAUCAAUUACAUCAGGGUCAUCAGAGACAUCAGGGUCAUCAGGGUCAUCAAUUACAUCAGGGUCAUCAGAGACAUCAGGGACAUCAGGGACAUCAGAGACAUCAGGGACAUCAGAGACAUCAGAGACAUCAGGGACAUCAGAGACAUCAGAGACAUCAGGGACAUCAGGGACAUCAGGGUCAUCAGAGACAUCAGUGACAUUAAGUUUAUCAGGGACAUCAGGGACAUCAGGGACAUCAGGGACAUCAGGGACAUUAGGUUCAUCAGGAGUUAUUUUAAUGAGAUUUUGGAGUGUGUAGCGUUAGGUCAAAAUGAGCAAAACGACCUUACACAACGUCUCCAACAACUCUACACACAACUGCUGCUCAACACCGGCAAAGAUCCAUUGUAUUAUGGCUCUCUGGCCAAUGUUUCUUUUCCCAAUCCAGAUAUGAGUUUCCACGUCUGGUGGGAGGAGGAAGAGCUCUGGAGAGAACUGGCCAAGUUUGUGCGCAGCGGCUCCAGCGAUAGCAUCUGCAUCUCCGCAGAGGAUUUCGACAUGUCUGAGUUUUCCUCCUACAUGGACUCAGACAUGCCGCGUCAUUCCGUCCUCUCCACGGACAGCGGCAUCGAGCGCGACAUGACUCUGAGCUCGGACUCGGAGAUGAAGAGCACGUGGCGUCUGUUGAGGCGGGGUGGGAUGAAGGUGAAGCCUUCGGUGACGGACAGCGUGAUGUACUUACAGGACGCUUUAGUGAGUGGGAGCUCGUUUCUUAAACAGCAGCAACGCCAGAGGCACAUCACGGCUAACAUCGUAGUGAUGGGGGAUGACCGCGUUCUCGGGAGACUCGCCAGGGCGUACUUCACACUCAGGAAAAGAGAAUCUCGGAGACUUUUUCUGACCAUGAAAUUAAACAUAAAGAUGUUUUAUGUCCCUGUGUCCACGCAGCAGCUUUCCUCACCCACCACGGAAAGUGUGUGUCUGAUGGACUCUAACCCGUGUGUGUUGGGUUCAUACCUGGGGAAGGUGGACCCCUGGUACGAGUGUAACGUCAUCAGUCUGGGUCACAUGAUCCCCAAACUUGCUGCCAUGUCUGACCCCAGCAGGACCCACGAGCCCAACCCUUUUAUAGCUGAUGUUAUUUCUUAUUACGUGCGAAUGGGGCAGCAGCCGGUUUACUUCACCAUCUACUACGUGAAGAUUGUGUUCUGUAAUCCAUCCAAAGACACGGUGGAGGAUGUCUUCCUGUCUCAUGCCAGUAUCAAGUUCCCUGAGUUUACACAGCGUCACACCACUGGUAGAGACUUGACUAUAAGACAGAAAAAGCAGUGUGCAGAACAAAGCGGCGCGCUCGUUUCACUAAACUACAGGAAGGUGUCACUGAGUAACAGAGAAUCAGAGCGAACCAUCGCAUUACGAACAGCGAGAAUGCAGAUUUCAGCCAUAACCUCCAAUAAAAUCCAAGACAUGAACUGCCUCAUCGUAGACGUGUUUGAUGUGAAAACCAAAUAUAUCUCGGAGCCCAAAAUCCGGACGUGCAGCCUGAACCUGAACACAAGUGAGAAGACAGGAUUCACACUGUGUCUGGAUAAAGACUCCCGCAGAACUUUCCACGACGUUCAAAGUGUUGAGAUAGAACCUUGUAAAGAGCCUGGAUAUUACAUUCAAAAGUCCAUGAGGUCAAAGUUCAACACAGAAGAAGAUUCAGAAUCAGGACUGAGCAAGUUUAUGAAUCGAGGACUUCCUCUUUCAAUACACACCUUCUCAGGCAUCAUUUCCUGACAGAGAACAGCUGAAGAAACGCACUUUGGUGGACACUUUGGCGCUAACCGCUAACUGCUAGCUAAUUGUGACCCUCGUAUUGUGCGGUUAUAUUUAAUAUCCUCUAUGAUAUGAAGGUCACACAGUUCUGUGCUGCUAAACACACACACUGAAUCGUGGUGUGUUUAACAAAAAACCCCAGACUACUGGUGUGUGUUUAAAAGCCACAACUAUGAAAAUGACUUCCUCUUCCCUUCUCGGAAAUGAUUUUUCUGACGUUUCGGGGGAAAGAGCAGACUGGAGCAAACUUAGCGACAUGCUAACACACCCAUUCAAAAGAGGGUUCAUGCAAAAUAUCACGUAUUAAAAAAGGUCCCUGAUCUUUUGCUUAUUUAUAAAUCAUUCAUGGAAACAUCUCAUGUCUGUUCAACUGAAAGACAAAUCUGUAAAUGUUAAAAAAUGAGUAACAGAUUGCUGUAACUUUUCUCUAAACUAUGGAAAGUCAUCUGUUUUAGCUGAAAAUAACUAGCUAGGAUUGUGCUGAAGGAUAUUAAAUACAGCCAGGUGAUUAGCAUUACACUGAAGGAAGUAGCUAUGUUUGUGCUAUACAGUACAGUACAGUGAGGUAUUAUAAUUGAAAGACGGCUCUAAAGCAUCGAUGUUAACGUAGAUGUCAGGAUUAGCGCUGAGUUUCAUCACUUCAACACUAAAACAGAGGGACAAUCAGCUCAUUUACUGAAUGUUUGGUUUGGAACACAUGCUGACUACAUUGUUUGCAAACUGUCCAGUGUGCUCAAGGACGACUUUGUUAGGUAGCUAGAAUAAUUAGCUAGCAGUGUAAUGUAUCAGAGCAAGACAACAGUCAUCAUAUAUUACUGUAAUGUAAAGAAAUCUGCAGUGAUGUCCGGAGGGCAAGUGGAUGAGUUUUGUAAAGAAAAUAUGAACAAAUUGUUUAAAGGUGUUACACUAGAGCAGUGCACUUGAACUUCAUAAGUGUUGAAUUUUUUUCUUCAAGUCGUGACUGAUUUGAUGUGAAGAUGUAGCACACUAGCCUGACUGUACACGCGCUCGUCUUCAGUUGGGAAAAUCUGUAUGAUAAAUAAUUUGGCUUUUCUGUUUCUUCGUCCCCUGCUGUUCUAAAUACACCAUUAUGUGAUGCUCUAUGUAAUUAUA